UCGGCGGAGAACAGGCUGCCGUUGUUUGAGACAGAGGACAAACUGAAAGAGCAAGGUGUCCAACAUGUCUGUGGACUGGGUGGGAUAUGGAUACGCAGCCCUGAUUGCAUCCGGGGGAGUCGUUGGUUAUGUGAAAGCAGGCAGCGUCCCCUCUCUUGCUGCUGGCGCUCUCUUUGGUGGCCUCGCGGGUUUUGGCGCCUACCAGAUCUCCAAUGAUCCCAAUAAUAUUUGGGUUUCUCUCGCUACAUCAGGAGCUCUGACUGGCAUCAUGGGAAAGAGGUUCUACGGAUCCAGGAAGUUCAUGCCAGCUGGACUUAUGGCUGGAGCAAGUCUUCUGAUGGUGGGAAAGCUCAGUAUGGCGUUGCUCCAGAAACCUCAGGCAUCCUGAUCGAGUGAAGAUGCUGAUGUUCUACUCCAGGAGCAGCCUGUGAGCAUUUGUCAUUUACUGUUCAUGUCAUUUUGUAAAAAAAGAAAGGAAAGGAAAUGUAUAUUUGAGGAUGAAAUAUAACACCUUGUUUAUAUGAUUCAA